CAUUGUCAUCCAGUCCUGGCAGAGAACAGCAGCAGUAGCAGCAGCGCGAGCAUCACCAGCGGACGGGAUACAGACGCACUGAGGCGGCGAGGAAAUAAGGGAAUACACACUGAUGAAGAGGCAACAACAAAAGGAGAGGAUGGAAUAAAAAAAUUCUCCUUUCUCUUCCCACUUCUGUUUGGAGCAUCCCACAAGCAGAGCACCAGUGAAAACACAUACAUAUGAUAUAUAUAUAAAAUUCCUAUACAUAUAUAUCAAAUUAUGCCUGUUUUCAAAGAAGCUGCAGCCGGACAAGGACUGAAUUGACAGCAAAAAAUCCAUUGCAUGAAAAAAUUUGGGAGCUAAUAUGCAGCACUUGCUUUAAAACUGUUGCAUAUUAAUGCUUUGAGGGUUUUUUUUGUCAAUUUUUUGCUCAAAAGGGGGAAAAAAGGACAAAAAAAUACAUUGAUGCAAAUGGAAAAAAAGACAAGUGAGCUGAAAGAGCUGCUGCUGCAGACAGUCCUAUAUUUCCAAGGGGGCUUCUUUUGAAAACAGGAUUUUUUCUUUUUCUUUUUUUGAUCUGCCCUCAUUGCCACACGCCUGUGUGGCUGUCGCAUCUCCACUUGUCUCUGUCGUCCGAAUGGGCUGGGGGAGUAUUAUUCCGGUGAGGCUUGCACACUGAACACUGAAAGUGCAGAGGGCAGUCCGCGGGCUCUCUGACCCCACGCUGAUAUUUCCUCAGCGACGACAGACCCGUGCAGCCCGGCUCGGGCUGAGAGGAGAGGGUGAGGUGAGUUGUGAGAGGAGAGAAAGAAGGCAAAAAUAUCAAAGAGAGGAUAGAAGGAGAUUAAGAUCAGGGUGUAAAGACAAUCAAAACCUGAGCAAAGGAAGGAGAGACAAAAGCAUCAAAGCCACGAUCAGUUAUGUGGGACACUCCACUCUGGUCAAGUCAUCCCAGCAUCUCUUUUUACAGCUUCUCUUGGAUGCAGCAACACUAAGACAUUCAGAGAUCCAGUAUCACAACAUCAGCCCCCCCUCCCCUCUCUCUUUCCUCUCCCCUUAGCACUUGUAGGGCAGGACUGAGCGGGCUGACAGACAGAGCACCCAGCUGGUGUCCUGGGUCUGUUAGAGACCCUGGGAUCCACGGAGAGGAGGGGUUCCAGUGGAGUGUGCACAGAGCAACAGCAGCAGCAGCAGCAGCAGCAACAGGAGCCCCGCGCACGCCGAGAACAAAGAGCCACUGGACUCCUUGUGUGUGUCACUUAAAAGCUACAGACUGACACUGACAGAGCACUCUCACCAGGGGGAUUUGAGCUGUGUGUGUGUGAGUGUGUGUGUGAGUGUGUGCGUGCGUGCGUGAGUGUGUGUGUGAGUGUGCGUGAGGGAAAACACGCCUCAGGUGCAGGAGCUUUUGGACUGUAAUCAUCAAAGGAUUUCAGCUUGACGAGAGCCUGGAGUAAUGUUUUAAAGAAUAUCGCACAGCUGCUGUUACCUGUUGGGCUGGAAGUAGGAAUCCUACACAAUCCUUCCAAAAUAAAAGCUCAGUGUUUAAGUCACAAAGACUGGAUCUACACACCUCAAGAAAGGAAGUCACGUUCAGCAAAGUGGAGCAAGGUGGCAGCGAAAAGAUGCCCACCACAAAAAUAAAAAAGCUUCUUUUGAACAGUGACACUGAGAGCAGGAGGAUGAUAGAUGCAAGUUAAAGAUCUGAGAGGGAGAAGUGGAGGCGACUCCAGGGGAAAGCACUGCACUCUGGUCAGAGUUUUUCCAGGACAUCACAACUGAUCUGACUCCAGCGUUGAGCAUUAGAGUUGUUAUCCACUCAGGAAUAUGAGUCCGUCUCUGAAGUGAGAAGCCUUUCAUGUGGGAGCCCGUGACUAUCUUCCAGUUUGAGAGGAAUCUGCCUUCUUUUUUUUCCCUGCGAGCGCCGUCAGGAACCAAGAGUUCUCACUUUUCACGGAUUAUUCAUCCCAUCAGCAGGGGAGCUUAUUGCAGGAAAUGCCAGAGGCAAGUUCAUUCGUAGGUAACACGCCCUCCUAAACUAGAUUCCCUCCAAGCCACUGGAUUUGGAUUUGUCUACAGCCGCCUCUGCUGUCUGCUGAUGAUAUAUGGCUUUGUGAGAGGUGACACUUCCUAAAUUUUGGAAUAUUUAUCUGCUCUGAUAAACACACACACAGUAAACUGCCAGGGAUGUGUCUGUGCGUGUGAGUGCCUGCUCACGAGGGACUCAUUCACUCCUGUUGAAAUGUGAGAUUGAUUUCUUUCACUCACUUGUUCCUCGGCCCCUUGAUGACAAUUUAACCUUCUGUAACGGCGUGCAGUAAUAACUCCCACAACGCUAAGUGAAUGCUCUUUAUUUUUCAUCCAGGCAUGCAUAUAUAGGCUGACCGCACUCUAUUUAUCAAAGCUGUUAUCUCAAUGAUUUCUAAUACCUCAGAGAUUCAUUCAGUGACUGCAACUUAAAGCUCUGGACAAAGAGGAUACUCAGCUCUCUAUUUCUUUGUUGCUUUUAAACCUAGGAGCUUUACUAUCAUUUAAAAUUACACAUCAGCACUGAGCCACCACAACAUACUGGAGUAAGUCCAAGAUGGCCACCUCCGUGCACCCACUUUUGGUUAGCUUGUCGCUGGCCAUCCUCCUGAGUUUGACCUCUCUGGGCGGACUGAACUCCUGGCCGUCAGGUCAGGCUUUAGCCCAGGUGUCUCCCAACAACCAGACAAUGCAGCCUUCUAUGGUACCAGAGGCCGCACUGGCAACACCCACGCCAGACGUGGAGGACAAAACAGCUCCAACUAGCGGUAACCGUUGCUGGGGUUACUAUGAUGUCAUGGGUCAGUGGGACCCGCCCUUUAACUGUAACGCAGGUAUCUACCUGUUCUGUUGCGGCUCCUGCUUCUACCGCUUCUGCUGUCAGUUCAAAAUCCACAGUUUGGACCAGACUUCGUGUUCCAACUAUGACACGCCCGUCUGGGCAAACACCGGGCGGCCGGCAGCACCCGUCACGGAGGUCCAGGAGGAGCCGGACAAGGAUCGGACCCACAUGAUCGUGUAUAUUAUCUGUGGAGUGGUGGCCAUCAUGGUGUUGGUUGGGAUUUUCACCAAGCUCGGGCUGGAGAAGAGUCAGGGAGGACAGACGGACAUGACCAACUCCAGGACUCUGACAGAGCUUAUGAAGCAGCCAGGGGAGGCGGGAAUGGUGGAUGGAACCGGAGUUCAUCAUCCUAUAGGGACGAACGGCAUCUCUGCCAGAUCACUACGCUCCAACAAUGUGCCACAUGGGGCCAGUGCCAAUUAUAUCCGCACUGAGCUCGUCAACGACACCCCACCAGAGAGACAGAGAGACAGAGACGGAGGGAAGGAAGUGAAACAGAGCAAAUAUGGUUUAAGAAUAUAUCAUAACCAUCUGAACAACGCAGCCUUGUCUCCCCUGGGUCCAGCCAUGGCCUUGUCUCACCCUCACAACAACCUGGGAAUCGGUUUCAACAAGUACACCUCGCUUAAGGCCGUGGACACGGCUGCAAGAGACUACUACAAGAGCUACCCAAUGGUAGAUUACACUCAUCGCCAGUCGCCUCCCACAUUCCAGCCAAUCAACUUCCACCCCAAGGAUAAGCCCUUCCUCCCACCUCCCGACAUCCACGCGCCGCUGGCCAUCACCAUCAACGCCUCGCAGAUCCCCAAACCUAAGAUCUCCAAGACCAACACCCACCCGCUCACCUCCAGCUCAGCCUUCAAAGCGUGGGACCCCAGUAAGAGCCACAUCCAGCACCCAGUGGCCUCCCACAUGGCCCUCCAGGGCCAGCAGCACCACCCCAUUCAGCAGCAGCAGCACCAGCCGCUGCACCAGCAGAACAGCCGGCGCCAGGCCUACUCCAACAAGAGGCAGUUCAGCAUUGAGACGCUGCCAGAGCUCUUCUCGCAGCCGCUGGGCUACGGCCAUUCGCCGCACAUGCACCCCAAGCACAAGGGACUGCCCACCAACAGCAAGACAGAGGUCACAGUCUGAACAUGGGGAUGAAUGGACAGAAGAGGAAACCACGUGGAGUUGUAAGCAACUUUCAAAGGAAAGCUCCGAUAUCUUUUAUAUCCACAGCCGUCAUGGCGAGAAGGGAGAAAGCAAAUAUCGUGUAUAAUCAGAAUUUUUUUUAACAUCUUCCUCAUCAUUGUUGACAACAGUAAUAAUAAUGUGAGUGAUAUUUGUGUACUUUUAUGACCACUGGAUCAAAACAGCAGCAGCAGCAGCAGCAGCAGAUUAGCUGUGAAGGUGGUGGAUCGGCAGGUGUGACUCUUUGAACCUGGCCGCUCCUCUAAAUAAUUGAGUGGCCUCUCAGUGUGUUGGCACAGCUCUCCUCUCCUCCUCCUCCUCCUCCUCUCAACCCCCUCGCACCUCAAUGACACUCCGCGCUGCUCUGUAGCACCACUCCACCACACACAAAUGUUCCAAUCCAAAACCCAGACGCUAUUUACCACACAAACCAGCCCAGACUCACUCUACCCACCUUUUUUUUUUCGGAGACUAUCAGAGAGGCUGGUAGGGGGAGUGUUUCCCCUAAGACUCUGGCUCCCCAUCAGCAGAGACAAUGCCAUUGUGUUGUCAGCUCCCAUUGCCCUCCAGCCCCUCCGGAGAGUGAGAUAUCAGCCUGGCAAUUCAUACCAGCGAGGGGGGGAGGCGGGGCUGGGACAGAGGGGGUCUGGUUAUUCAUCUCAUUCCAGGGGCAAAUGAGAUGAGAAGGAUCUGAAACAUGUACACACACACACACACGCUACACACUUGUCAAAAACUACAGACGGUUCCCAGCAGUGUCACAGGCACCUCCUCCACUGACACACAAACAGAGACACACUUGCCUCUGCUCACACUGAUCCCCAGAAAGUGGGGAAAGGGCAUAAGUGAGCUCUCUUGUUGGUAUUUGUAACGGUUUGUCGAGCCGCUCGUUUCAGUCGCCGUCUCCCGUGUUGCCGUGGAUGUUUAACUCCAAAGAAAACCCAGAAAUGUGUCAGGAUGCCGAGAAAAACAGCAAAAGUGUCCAUGUAACCAGAAAGGUUGUUACAAAGUCAUUGCGUUCUCUCCUCCUCCCUGCUCAGUGCUAGAUUUCACAAAUGAGGCUCAGAGAAAUGUCAACCAGUGCUGCAUAUUGGUACAAGCAUUUGGUUGUACCGAGAAAUGAUGUCUGAAUACAGAUCAUGUUCUUCCUCCAAGAUUCACUUCACUGAGCCGACAGAUCCACAAGUUUGCAUGAAUUCAUAAUCUAACACUAAUGGUUAACAUCUUAAAGCAGUGAUACUUUAUGUUUGAUGUGUGUGUUUACUGCUGCAGUGCUAACAUAAUCUGAGAGGGUGAAGCCACUUGUCCAUGCUUUACAAUUUACUUCACUCCCAAGUGAAGUAACUCCCACACAGCGUUGCCAGAUGUUCAAUAAUUAUCGUAUUUGUACGAUAACUUUGCCCUCUAUAUGAUGCAUGAUCAAUAAUGCCAAAAAGUGCUGUAAUGUGUGAUCAUUUGACCAUUUUGUGAAGCUUACAAUUAGUUGUUGCUUUUAAGGCCCCGACAUACCAAACUGACAUUAAAGAACUCAUGGCGCAACUGGUCGUCAUUGAAAUUCGGCACUUGGGCAGUGACUGAGCCGUCCUUUAACAUCAGCAUGAUACGCGGCCGGUCAUCGUUAUAUUUUCAUGGCAUGCAGCAGCAUCGGGGGAAAUGCAACAGGACACGAACAAAAGUUAAGGCGACAAAAAUCCGAGUGAGGUGGGCAGAAGGGGUAAUGGACGAGUCCAUCAAACACAGACUUUCACCCGGGAGAGCCGUGUUUGUGUCCCGUAAGAUUACAAAGCCAAACCCUGUUCUAUUUUUUCCUAAACCUAACCACGUGUUUUUGUUGCUGAUGGCAAAAAGACAUCAAUUCCCGGUGUUUUACCAGCGUAGUGUGUUUGUUUGGAGAGAGACUGUAUGUAAAUGGUAAAUUUCCUGUAGAAACGGAAGUGUAUUUUGAAAGAAGACAAUGCAUGUAACAGGCAGAGCAUCAACAUCCAACGCACCCAGGGUACCUUUCACAUCAUAUCUGGACGUUGAAAGUCCAUGACCAAACGUUGAUAUGUGACGAGGUCGGAGUGAGAAUGUGUCGAGUAGCAACAAAUGACAACCGUUACGUUGCCUCACACCGCCUGGGUCUCA